AUGAACAGGCCCCAGUCUCCAGAUAUCUACCAUCAGGUACGAUUGGCGGCGGCUAAUCAUAGAGCAUCUCAUGUAUCUCUACAACUGAUGGAACUUCGUUGUCAUCAAAACACGGUGGACGAAUAUCAAGCCGAAGUUUUGGAACAUCUUUUACAUAUCGAGUCGUCGGCACUUCCCAAUCUUUCCUUGAUACAACAGCAGCCGGAGAUGAACUUGAAAAUGCGUCCGCUUUUGUUGGACUUUCUAAUGGACGUGGUCAAUAAACUUAGCUUGAGUAAGUCCACGUUUCCGUUGACGGUCAAUUUGAUCGACCGGUACUGUCUGACCAGAAUCGUGAAAAAAUCACAUUACCAACUAUUGGGGCUCACUGCCCUCUGGGUGGCGUGCAAGAAUCUCGAUUCCAAACAGAAAAUCCCAUCGUUGGAUGACUUGUGUAAGAUGUGCUGCAACUGCUACCAAAAACGGCUUUUCUUGGAAAUGGAAAAACACUUGUUGAAGUCGCUCGAUUGGAACGUGUCAUAUCCCACGUUCGACGCCUUCAUCGACCUCUACAUCACCUGUGCCAUGCCGGACUUAGCUGGUUCUAAGUUCCACUUGAAUGAUAUCAAGGUGGUUUCCGUGUACAUUUGCGAGCUUGUUCAAUUCUACCCCAACACAUAUUUCAACUAUUUGGCGCUGCAAGCGUCGCUCGCUGCGUUCCUCACCGCCAUACUAAUCUUGAGGCUUCCCGUCAACGUUGCCCAGGUGUUGAAUCGCAUCAAUCUGCAUCAUUCUACUAUUCUUGCAUUCACCCAAUAUCAACUGCUUUUCCAGCAGCUUCUCAAAAUCCUCAAGUGUCCUCCGCCAUCGUUGAAAUCCAAAUACUUCAAUGAACUGAGUCGAUUCAUUGGAUUGAUGAGACUAUUAAUUGCAUUUACCAACGAAAACACCGAGCCCGUUACUCCCAAAAAUUCUUCCCUGGUAAGACCCUCACAUAACGGCCGCCUUCCUCCGACCCCUGUGUCGAGCAAUAUCAGUCCUCGGGCUCCCGUCAAGCACGAUUUUGUCAUGGCCCAGGGCCCCGUGCAUUCUCCUUAUUUACCCUCUCCCAAUCUUCCCAGUCCUAAUGUUUCUCCUCAGCAAUAUGAACAUGCUUUCUUCCGCCCGCCUACAGUUAGCGACGUGGAUGUUUCACGAGAACUGAGCACUCUCAGUCUCAAUCUGCGGAAAAGAAGUCAUCAAUUAUUGGUGGAGGAAAAUGUGGAUCUGGUUUCCGAAGACACUCUUAAGAGAACCCGGUCCACCAGGCCUGUAUUCUUUAUAUCUUAG